UGAUGUUCUUCAUUGUGGUUUGGAGUUACAUUUCGUUCAAGUUGUUGACAACGAGUGGACCUGGGUCAAGGGUUGCCUGGUACCUUGUCCACUCUUAAUUGGCAGCGAGACAGUUGGCUUGGGCACUGGCACAACUGGUUGGUGGGUUAAUUGAAAACGCGCCCACGCCUCACGUCCACAAACCCUCCGUCCUCCGCCCACACUUUAGCGCGUCUGGCGUGUUGUCCUGACAUAAAGUCGUGUUGCUCUCCAUCAACUUUCCAUUAUUCUCUCCCUCUACCUGCCACGACUCUUACUACAAACAACUUGGUCUUUGCCUUACUCUUUCUUGUCAAACUUGUCUCUGUUCUCCGCAUCUCAUUCUUCACAACCUGCACACAAUGGCAGCCCAGAUCACACCCUCCAAACAGGCGGCCUCGAGUCUCGAGAACCUCAAGAUGAAGGAUAGUCCUCUCAAGAAACUCGACUUCGGUGUCGAAAACAAGGAAAACCUCCCUGCUACUGCCGACUCAAUCACAACACCAGACCUCGAGAUCCUGAAGAAGCCUGUUGAGGAUGUCAAAGAAACUGCCGUGGUUCCCUCAGCACCCAAGACCAUCAAAGAACUCGAGGCAGAGGAGCCAAUUCUGAAGGAGAACCCUCAUCGAUUUGUCUUGUUCCCUCUGCAGUAUCACGAGAUUUGGAACAUGUACAAGCGAGCCGAAGCUUCUUUCUGGACUGCAGAAGAGGUCGACCUCUCCAAAGAUCUUCACGACUGGCACAACCGCCUGAACGAUGAUGAGAGAUAUUUCAUCUCCCAUGUUCUGGCUUUCUUCGCUGCCUCUGAUGGGAUUGUGAACGAAAACCUGAUCGAGAGAUUCAGCGGUGAAGUUCAAAUCCCAGAGGCUCGUUGCUUCUACGGAUUCCAAACAAUGAUCGAGAACAUUCACUCCGAGAUGUACAGUUUGCUCAUCGACACAUACAUCAAGGACCCUAAGCAAAAGACCUACCUGUUCGACGCCAUUGACACCAUUCCCUGCAUCCGCAAGAAGGCCGACUGGGCUUUGAAAUGGAUCGCAGAUGAUGCUUCGUCGUUUGGUCAGCGUCUGGUGGCAUUCGCUGCUGUUGAGGGUAUCUUCUUCUCUGGCUCAUUCGCCGCCAUCUUCUGGUUGAAGGCCAAGGGACUUAUGCCUGGUUUGACCUUCUCCAACGAGUUGAUCUCUCGAGACGAGGGCAUGCACACCGACUUUGCCUGCUUAUUACUUCAGCACCUUAACCACAAGCCAGACCCCAAGCUCAUCGAAGCCAUCAUCACUGAGGCCGUUGCCAUCGAGAAAGAAUUCUUGACCGAUGCUCUUCCCUGUGCUCUUCUUGGCAUGAACGCCAAGCUGAUGCAACAGUAUAUCGAGUUCGUCGCCGACCGUCUGCUCCUGGCCAUGGGAAACAAGCGCGUCUACAACGCAACUAACCCCUUCAGCUUCAUGGAGAACAUCUCCCUUGCUGGCAAGACCAACUUCUUCGAGAAGCGAGUGGGUGACUAUCAGAAGGCUGGUGUCAUGUCUGGCACAAAGAAGGCCGAUGACAAGACCAAGUCACCCACAGAGGAGAAGACACAGACAGACAGCAACGGCAUCAACUUUGAUGAGGAUUUCUAGACGUGCGUGACUAGACUUGGGUUUUCCACAGCUGGCGCGUUUGACGAUUUUCCCUUACUGAUUGAUUGAUUACUUGGCGUUUUAUGGGCAUGGAAAACAGUAAUGGACAUGUCUUGAUGGGUUUAUUGUGGUUUAUUGUUGACGUUGUUGUGUUGGAUGUCGUCAUCAUCACCACCAGGGCCGGCACUCAAUGUUGUUUAUACCCCUUCGUACCAUUCAAUAGGUCACUCGACUCCAAGGAAGACUACACUGCAUUGCAUUGCAUGGAAAUCAAGGCAGAGAAUUUGGGAGGGGUUCUUGGUCCUGACAUAGGGAUUUUGCUCAUGGCAGGACCUUGGAAUGCAAACAAGGGCUAUUUUCCUCUUCACUCUUGUCUGCUGACUUGGCCUUCGGGUCAAGCAGGGAGUUUUGUAUCACCACUCGAGAAAGCCAUGAUACAUGGCGGUUUGUAGAACUCGAUGAGAAUAGACAAACUGGUGUAUAGUUAUUGGAAGUGUGAAACUCACUGCCGGUGCAAGUGAUGCCUUUGGUCUUGAGGAAUGUGAUCAGCUACAGUGCAGUGUGUGAGAAGCAGGC